UUGCGCGCUCUUUCGCAAAGCGCUGAUGCAGAAGAACAUAGUUCACCCAAAAAUGAAAAUUGUGUCAUCAUUUACUUACCCUUAAGUUGUUCCAAACCUCUAUGAAUUUCUUUCUUUUACUUAACACAAAAGAAGUUAUUUUGAAGAAUGUCGGUAACCAAGCAGUUGAUAGGCCCCAUGACUCCCAUAGUAUUUUGUUGUUGUUGCUGUUGUAAGUAAAUGACAGAAUUUUCAUUUUUGGGUGAACUAUCCCUUUAAAACCAAAAACACAUACCCUGUCUGCCUCGCUGCUCAGAUUGGUUUGCGUCUGUAACUCCGUAUAGCUUUGUUUUGAAUCUCUUACUUUUAUUCAUUGUUGCUUAUUUUUUUAUUACCUUAUAUGUAAUAUUGCCUACCACACUAAUCUGACGUCGCUAGCUUGUAAUAUUUGAAUCUAAAUCGCUGUUACAACGCAUUUGCAUUUGCAGCGCUAGCUUGUUAACCUGCUAACAGUCGCUCGCGCGCUCCUUUUUCAACGCGUUCUUUAAACAGCUGUGGUAAGUCGGAUCAGUCUACAAACACGGUGAGUCAUGUCAUCCUCUCCCAGCAUUGCUACCUGUUCCAUUUGCCACAUGUUUACCAUAGCUCUCUCUGUCAGCGACGAGGGAUUUACAUGUCAUAAAUGUAGGGAAAUAGUCAGGCUGACAGAGAGAAUCUCAGAAUUAGAGACACGCAUCCAAACUUUAAUCGAGGAUAGUAAGAAUGCAAGGGCUUCAGAUACUGUUUUGGAUGCGACUAGCUUAGUGAACUCUGUACAUUGUUCGGUUCCGGCUGUAGAGCCCGCGCAGCAGGGCACUUGGGUAACGGUGAGGCGGCCUAGCCGCGGAAAACACCACUCUUCCGUUCCAAUAAGAACAUCAAACAGGUUCUCCCCACUCAGUGAUACACCCACUGAGAAUCCUGUUGAAAGUGCCCUAGUUAUUGGCGAUUCUAUUACACGGAACGUGAAAAUAGAGACACCAGCCACCAUAGUCACAUGUUUGCCGGGAGCCAGAGCACCUGACAUCAAAGCAAAUUUAAAAGUGCUGGCUAAUGCUAAUCGUAAAUACUCUAAGAUUAUUAUUCACGUCGGCACUAAUGAUGUUCGACUUCGCCAGUCGGAGAUCACUAAAAUUAACAUUAAAGAGGUGUGUGAACUUGCAAGUACAAUGUCAGGAGAAGUAAUUUGCUCUGGCCCCCUUCCUGUUCGUCGGAGUGAUGAGAUAGUUAGCAGAUUAUCAUCACUCAAUGGCUGGCUGUCUAAGUGGUGUCCGCAAAAUAAUAUAGGUUUCAUAGAUAAUUGGAAAAGUUUUUGGGGCAGACCUGACCUGUUAAAAAGAGAUGGUAUUCAUCCCUCCCGGGAUGGUGCUGCUCUUCUCUCUAGUAAUAUGGCACAUAGUCUUAGAACUGAAACAUGACAAACUGGGGCCCAGGUCAGAAAGCAGACAGACUGGCUAAACCGACCGUCUGCUAGCUGCCUCACGUUACAGAAGUCAGAAAAUUCAGAUAACUCUCAACACAUAGAAACUCUUACACCUAGAUAUUUUCAAAUAGAGACUGUGUCUGUACCCCGAAUUAGUAAAAACAAAAAACUUCCAAACCCAUUUAAUGGUAAAAAUUUAAUUGAUGUUCAACAAAUAAAAAAUAGAGAUAAUAAUGCUAAACAAAUGAUAAAACUCGGGUUGUUAAAUAUUAGAUCCCUUUCUUCAAAAUCACUUAUUGUUAAUGAUAUUAUCAAAGAUAAUAAUCUAGAUGUGCUGUGUUUGACAGAAACUUGGCUAAAACCGGACGAUUACAUUACUUUAAAUGAGUCUAGUCCUCAAGGUUAUGAUUAUCGACACAAUGCCCGUCAGAAAGGCAAAGGGGGAGGUGUUGCUGUAAUCUAUAGUAAUAUUUACAGUAUUAGUCAGAAGUCUUUCAAAUAUAAUUCCUUCGAAACUAUGGUACUUUACGUAACAUUAUGUAAGUUGACAUUUGUGCUGGCUACUGUAUACAGGCCACCAGGACACAAUACAGACUUUAUCAAAGAAUUUGCUGACUUUCUAUCAGAGUUAGUACUAGCUGCAGAUAAAGUCCUUGUUGUUGGUGAUUUUAAUAUUCAUGUAGAUAAUAAAAAAGACGCAUUAGGAUUGGCAUUUGCAGAUAUUCUAAACUCUAUUGGUGUUAGACAACAUGUGUCAGGACCCACUCAUUGUCGUAAUCAUACUUUAGAUCUAAUAUUGUCACAUGGAAUCGAUAUUGAUGCUGUUGAAAUUCUGCAGCAGAGUGACGACAUCUCAGAUCAUUAUCUAGUCUCGUGUAUACUACAUUUAGUCAAGGCGGCUAAACUGCCUCCAUGCCAUAAAUAUGGUAGAAUCAUGACUUCUACCACUAAAGAUUGCUUUAUAAAUAAUCUUCCUGAUCAUUUUCAUCGCCUUAGCAUACCAGACAGCUUAGAAGACCUCGAUGUUGCAACAGAAACUAUUGCCUCUGUCUUUUCCAGCACAUUAGACUCAGUUGCUCCUUUGCGUUUAAAAAAGAUUAAGGAAAUUAAUCCAAUGCCAUGGUACAAUGACCACACUCGGGCCCUAAAGUUAGCAGCCAGAAAAAUGGAGCGCAGCUGGAAGAAAUCAAAACUAGAAGUAUUUCGUAUUUCGUGGAGAGAGAGAAUGAUUGAGUACAGAAAGGCCUUAAAAUCUGCUAGAUCUGCCUAUUUUUCUAAACUCUUAGAAGAAAAUAAACACAACCCUAGGUAUUUAUUUGAUACAGUGGCUAAAUUAACAAGAAAUAAAGCUUCAACUUCUGAUGUUUCCAAAGAGCACAGCAGUAAUGACUUUAUGAACUUCUUUACUUGCAAGAUUGAUAAUAUUAGAGAAAAAAUAAUAACCAUGCAACCGUCUACUACAGUAUCGUGUCAGAUAGUGCAUUGUAGUGUCCCUGAGGAAAAAUUCAAUUCAUUUACUGCUUUAGGAGAGGAAGAAUUGUCUAAACUUGUUAAAUCAUCAAAAUCAACAACAUGUAUGUUAGACCCUAUACCGACUAAGCUAUUGAAAGAAAUGCUUCCAGAGGUCAUAGACCCUCUUCUCAAUAUCGUCAAUUCAUCUUUAUCAUUAGGAUACGUACCAAAAACUUUUAAGCUGGCUAUUAUUAAACCUCUUAUUAAAAAACCACAACUUGAUCCUAGAGAAUUAGUCAAUUACAGGCCGAUCUCAAAUCUCACUUUUCUGUCAAAAAUACUAGAAAAGGCAGUAUCAUCACAGCUAUGUUCCUUUUUAGAAAGAAAUGGUAUCUGUGAGGAUUUCCAGUCAGGAUUUAGACCGUACCAUAGUACUGAGACUGCUCUCAUUAGAGUUACUAAUGAUUUGCUCUUAUCAUCAGAUCGUGGUUGUAUCUCUCUAUUAGUGUUACUGGAUCUUAGUGCAGCAUUUGACACUAUUGAUCACAACAAUUCUUUUAAAUAGACUCGAAAAUUAUGUUGGCAUUAGUGGAAUUGCAUUGUCAUGGUUCAAAUCAUACUUAUCUGACCGUUAUCAGUUUGUAGUAGUAAACGAAGACAUGUCAUAUCGAUCACAAGUUCAAUAUGGAGUACCACAAGGCUCAGUACUAGGACCGUUACUGUUCACUCUGUACGUGCUACCCUUGGGAGAUAUCAUUAGGAAGCAUGGCGUUAGUUUUCACUGUUACGCUGAUGAUACUCAGCUCUAUAUUUCUUCGCGCCCUGACGAAACUUACCAAUUCACAAAAUUAACGGAAUGCAUAGCUGACAUAAAAAAUUGGAUGACCAGUAAUUUCCUACUACUAAAUUCAGAAAAAACAGAGAUUCUAAUUUUUGGACCAAAAACUGCUUCACGUAAUAACCUAGAAUAUUGUCUAACACUUGAUGGCUGCUCUGUUAAGUCUUCGUCGUCAGUUAGGAACCUGGGUGUGCUUUUUGAUACCAAUCUUUCAUUUGAAGGCCAUGUUACUAGCAUCUGUAAAACCGCAUUCUUCCAUCUUAAAAAUAUAUCUAAACUACGACAUAUGCUCUCAAUGAAAAAUGCAGAACAGUUAGUUCAUGCGUUCAUGACCUCAAGGCUAGAUUACUGUAACGCUCUACUGGGUGGUUGUUCUGCUCGCCUGAUAAAUAAACUACAGCUCGUACAAAAUGCAGCAGCUAGAGUUCUUACUAGAACCAGGAAGUAUGACCAUAUUAGCCCAGUUCUGUCAACACUGCAUUGGCUUCCUGUUAAACAUCGUAUAGAUUUUAAAAUCUUGCUAAUUACUUACAAAGCACUAAAUGGUUUAGCUCCCCAGUACCUGAGCGAGCUCCUAAUUCAUUAUAGUCCUUCACGUCUAUUGCGAUCUCAGAAUUCAGGCCAGCUGAUAAUACCUAGAAUAUCAAAAUCAACUGCAGGUGGUAGAUCCUUCUCCUAUUUGGCACCUAAACUCUGGAACAAUCUUCCUAGCAUUGUUCGGGAAGCAGACACACUCUGUCAGUUUAAAUCUAGACUAAAAACGCAUCUCUUUAACCUGGCAUACACAUAACACAUUACCAAUUUAUAUUUCCAAAUCCGUUAAAGGAUUAUUAGGCUGCAUAAAUUAGGUCAGCCGGAACCGGGAACACUUCCUAUAACACCUGAUGUACUCGUUACAUCAGAAGAAGAAUGGCAUCUACGCUAAUAUUAGUCUUUCUGUUUAUCCCGAGGUUCACCGUAGUCAACCGGAUCCGGGCCGUAUCCAGGUGAGACCAAGGACCUGCACCUUGACACGACCACAACGCAGCCCUGAAGUAUCAGCAGAGAUUGAGUCAACUAGAUCAUCCCCUGUGAAGGCCUCAUCGACACGACAGCCACGACACAGUUCCUCAACAACCGUCCAUACCGGCGUGAUGAAUACGAUCCUCAAUUGGAUGGAACUGAAAUAAAUACUUUUAAUGUUGCGAUCCUAUUGGACUUAUGAUAGCAACCUGAAUUGUAACAAAGCACUGUUGGCCAGAGGAGAACUGGCACCCCGACUAAGCCUGGUUUCUCCCAAGGUUUUUUUCUCCAUUUUAACACCAAUUUGCCACUUGUCUGCCACCUGAUGUCACCUGAUGGAGUUUGGGUUCCUUGCCGCUGUCGCCUCUGGCUUGCUUAGUUGGGGACACUUGACUUGACAUUUGAUAUUCAACAGUGCUUUUGAUCUGCCUGCAUUGACACUAUUCUUUAAGAGAUGCUGUGCAGCCAAACAAUGUACCAGUUAUCAAUGUAAAGCUGCUUUGACACAAUCUACAUUGUAAAAAGCGCUAUAUAAAUAAAGGUGACUUGACUUGA